UUGAGCUGGGAGAAAGCCUGCCCUGCGGUAGUGAGUGGAAGUGAGAGCAGGACUUGUUGAAGAUGAGCGCUGGGGGUGUGAUUUAGUGGGAUUUGGAGCUGAAGCCGGGCUGUGACAGUGUGUGUGUGUGUGUGUGUGUGUGAGAUUCUGAGGGUUUCUGCUGCUGCUGCUGGAUUGUGAGGAGAGAAUGGGCUGCUGUUCUGGGAGAUGUGUGCUGAUCUUCCUCUGCACUCUGCAGCUGAUCACUGCAUUGGAGAGGCAGGCAUUUGAUUUUCUGGGUUACCAGUGGACUCCCAUCUUGGUCAACUUUUUUCACAUCAUCGUGGUCAUCCUUGGACUCUUUGGGGCCAUCCAGUACCACCCCCGUUAUAUUAUACUUUAUGUAGCCUGGACCGUUCUCUGGGUGGCAUGGAAUAUCUUCAUCUGUUGCCUUUACCUUGAUUUAGGAGGUCUUUCUAAGGAGAGUGACUACAUGUCUCUGGGGCUGACCUCACACCAUUCCUGGUGGAAGGAUAAUGGACCAGGCUGUGAGAACAGGGACCUUCCAGCAGCUAAGUGGCAGAGUGACGACAGCCCUGCACUGAUCUCCACGCUGGGCUGUGUGCUGGAGUACCAGUACAUUGAGGUUCUGCACAGCGCACUGCAGCUGCUUAUUUCUCUGCUGGGAUUUGUGAUCAGUUGCUACGUGGUCAGUGUCUUCAAUGAGGAAGAGGACACUUAUCUUUAUAAGUGAAGAACAUCUAGGUGACCUGAAAACCUGACAUGAAGAAAGACUGGACUCAUUUUUCAAAAAACUCCAAAGAAACACUAACAUAACCUAAUAAGCAAUCACCUGAUUAGCUAAUCAGGCUUUGGUUAUUUCUCUGCAUGUUAUAAAAGGUCUGAAACAUCUGAGGACUGUGCUCAUAUCUGAGAUACAAGAACACUAUAUACACACAUAUAUAUAUAUAAUAUACACUUAAUUCAUAUUAGGUAAUGUUGAAACAGUUUUUCCUCUCAUGUUCUUAUUAAAUCUCUGUGCUCACUGAUAAGGACUCGUUUAUAAGAUGCAUAUAUUUUUGGAGAUAUUGCGAAUUUAUGCUGUUGUGCUUUUUUCCCAAACAUUGACGUAAGGGUAGGGACAUUCAUAGAUUUUUGGAAAUUCUGAAAGUAAUAAUAAGAUAUGUAUUUGCAGUUUAUACAAAUACAUGUCAUUGCAGUCACUCAAAAAAACAUAUCUCCUUUGUUUUUCUUUUUUUUUUUAAUCUGACUGUUGGAGCCCAAAUGUUAGGAUGGAUGGAUCAAUACAAAUGCUCCAAAAUUAUAACUUGAAAUAAUUGUACAUUUAAUAUUCACUUUCAGUGAAAGUCAUUAUGGAGAUUAGAGGUUCUUGUAUGACAGCAACGGUGUGUGUGUGUGUGUGUGUGUGUGUGUGUGUUUACACAUUCUCCUGUAAAUGAAGGUAAAAAUAAGGUUGUUUGUAGUGUCACAAAUUCAUGUUUAAAUUCGUUUUAAUAUGUAAAUAUUAACCACUUCUUUAGUCAAUAUUUGGUCACUUUAGAAACUUGCUGUUACUUUAUCAUCUUAAACUUUAUCAUGUUAAUUUUUUUUUUUUUUUUUUACAAUAUUAUUAUGCACAUGUGCAUCACACUUAUGGUCCAGCCACACAGUUCAUAGAGGGUCGGUUUCCUGGACAAGAACUACGUUUCUUUUAAUGGAAAAUCUUCAUUCAAAAUGAUGUGUAGUCCAAGACUAUGAGUAAUCCCUGUCUGAGAAACUACCCCAUAAUGUUUUGAUAUAAAUAGUGUUCAGUUUUUAUUCUAGGUACUGUUGUUGUACAGUUGACUUAUUGGAGACACCUAGUGGCCACAGCUAGAACUCUCAGGUAGCACUUCUUUAUUUACAGCCACUAAUCAUGCCUUUCAUUAUUGAUGCAGUUCAGCAUUUAAUGAUAGAAUUCACUAAGUAAUGUUUGAGGCUGUAAAUGUGAUAUUAUAGUAUUUGUACUCCACUUUAACUUGCCAGUGACUGUUACUGUGUGUAAUUACGGGUCUGUGAUGUGAAUUCAUGUAAAUGUGAUUUUUUUUUCAUUAUGUUAAAAUCCGUUAAUUUCAUUUUUUUAAUUAAACUGUAAGCUAAUAGGUCACCCUGAUAGAACAUCA